AUGAGUUUGAGCGGUCUUCUUCUUGUUGUUUCCGCCAUGCGUCUCUGCUGUACAUUUUUUGUGCGUCCCUUCACAUACUCUGCUCCCUCUUUUCUGCUUCUUUGCUCUGUGUUUCUGCAGGCACACACACACACACAAGAUGCACAUUGCGGUGGAUUUGAAUGCUUCUUUUGCAGUGCAUGCUGGCAGUUGCGUGUGGCUGUUGUCUUCUUCCGUGGCCAUGAGGAGAAGGGACGAGAGGGAGCGCGCACCCCGCGUCUAAUUUCCUGCGGGUGUGAUGCACCGCGUGUGACUGCGUUGAGUUGGGCUCCGUGUCCCACUGAGGGCGGGAUGGUAGGAAAUUUUGUUGCCGCGUCAUGGAUGGAUGAGGGUGCACUUGCGCGUGUGGCUGUUGUGGUGGGUGCUUGCUCCGUGUGCGUGACGACUGCUGGGAGUCGUGGAGAUGUAUUUGGUGAUGCGGAUGCGGUGGUUGUGCCGGUGGAUGUGUCGUGUGCUCCGAGUGACGGCAGCCUGAGCUGUCGAGUGUGUGUGUGUGCGUGGAAGAAGUGUUCUGCUGCCAGUGCUGAGGCUGAGUGUGAGAAUUAUACUUUCAGUGGCUUUGGUGUGCGCAUGCAUGGCAGGAAUGGUGAGCUGGGUGCUGUGUGCCAUGUGGCCAGUGCGGUGCACACAGGUAGCAACUGUGCUGCCAGCUGUGCAGCGGAAGAGGAAGGGGCCACCGCUGCCUCCACGAUGAAUGUGACGACGCAUAAAUACGCCGGCCCUUAUGAAUUGUUGUGGCGUCAAUUUUUCCCCCGAUGGAGCCAUCCAUCCGCCUGCACGGAGCAGCGAUGCUGA